UCUCCUCCCCCUGCUGCAGCGGCCAUGCUGCCGUCUGUCUCCGUGCAUCCCGGUCCUCCUCCUCCUCCGGAGUAGCCCGCCUGCAGCCGCCGCCGCAUCCCUGCAUCCCGGGUGAGAGGACCGGCCCGUGCGCAGCGGACCAGGGGAACAGACCGGAGCAGCGGGAGCGAGGCACCGGAGGGGAAGAGGAGGAGAACGCCUCCAUAGCAACAAACCGGUUCCACGGCUUUAUUGUGAUGGAGGGAUGCUAAGGAACCGGAUCACAAGGACUCCACCCCCGCUGGACCGCCGGGACUCGACGUGCUCGUACAGCGAGGUCCCCGCUGGUUGACCGCGACUGCAGGACGGUCGCUGCGAGGACACGGAACAAAUCACAUAGCGGAGAGUUAACCUCUGUUGGGGAAAACCGGAGUUCAUGGAACAAGGUGCAGAAAAAUCCUGUAUGUCCAUGAAGAUGUUGAACCUUAGCUGAUCAAUCAUCGUACUUCUUUGGAUUAGAGCAUCAAAAUCAUCUUUGAGGCAAAAGGGGACUGACAGUAUUAUCUAAGAUGUGUUUGUAUCAUUUAAAGGAAGUUUGAGUAGCAUACCACCGGAUUUCAACAGGGUUACCUGAUCUAGAGACACUCUUUCAACUAUUGGGAAUUCAUCUGGAUUGACUACGGCCAGGAGCUGAACUAGGUAACCAAAAGCGAAGUCAAGUUUUUGGGUUUGACCGUCUUUGUACUGGUUCUUCACGUAGGACAAUAUUGGAAUUAAAUUGGGAUUUUGAGAACUACAACCUUGAAGGGUUACAAGGUCGUUAAAAAACAAUACUGGUUGGGAAAAAACUGCCUUAUCGGGACUACGAACUAGAGAACAAUCUAGAACGUCACUUGGUGUAACAACGGGAAAAACUCGGCAACCAGGAUACAAUUCCCGUUUAUCACUGUUGGAAAAAUGAAUCUUGUGUAGCAAGGGGUGUGUUGAACGCGACUGGACCAUUAAAUCACCAUGUCUCUGAGCAAGACCCUCGAGCUGGAGCACUUUGACGAACGGGACAAGGUCCGCCGGGGACGCUCCACCCGGGCCAAGAGAGAUGACUCUACAGGCAGCGGUGGCGGCGGGGGGUCCGGCCCCAGCUCCAGGGGCAGCAGCCUGGUUCCCAGCCCUGCCCACAGCGCCAACUGUAGCUACUACCGGACCCGAACGCUGCAGGCACUCACCUCGGAGAAACGGGCCAAAAAGGUCCGGUUCUACCGCAAUGGAGACCGGUACUUCAAGGGUCUGGUGUACGCCGUUUCCGCCGACCGGUUCCGCUCCUACGACGCACUCUUGAUGGAGCUGACGCGCUCCUUGGCGGACAACCUGCAUUUGCCGCAAGGAGUGCGUGCUAUCUAUACUAUAGACGGCAGCAAGAAGAUCACCAGCAUGGACGAGCUGAUAGAAGGCGAGUGCUACGUCUGUGCCUCCAAUCAGCCGUACCGAAAGGUCGACUACACCAAGAUCGCCGUCCCGAGCUGGAAGCCCGGUGCGGCGGCCGGCUCCGCCUCAGCCACCGCCGGCGGCUCCGCCCCCGCCCGGUCCACCACCGUGUCCACGGGGGUGUCGGCGGGCGCCGUCGCCAGCCCCAGGGAGCAUCGCACGGAGAGCCGCGAGGGCAGGGAGAGCAAGGACUUCAUCAAGCCCAAGCUGGUGACGGUGAUCCGCAGCGGCGUGAAGCCCCGCAAGGCGGUGAGGAUCCUGCUGAACAAGAAGACGGCGCACUCCUUCGACCAGGUGCUGGCCGACAUCACCGAGGCCAUCAAGCUGGACUCCGGGGCCGUGAAGAGGUUGUACACGCUGGACGGGAAACAGCUGACUUGUCUUCAGGAUUUCUUCGGAGACGACGAUGUGUUCAUGGCGUGCGGCCCAGAGAAGUUCCGUUACGCCCAGGACGACUUUGUGCUCACACACAGCACCAAGACACAGUCCUUCGUCAACGAAUGCAGAGUCAAAGUGCCGCGCUCGGCCGCGCCUCCGAAAACUACAACUCCCAAGACUCCCAGCGGCUCCGGCUUCUCCUCGUCCAAGACGCCGCCCAGAGGCCCGUCCAGAUCCAAGUCCCCUGGUCCAGCCAAUGAGGCGUCAGGAUCACAGUCAGCCGUGAGGUCGUCCAGGUCCAGCCCCACGCCGACCAGCCCCGGGACGCCACGCAGCUUCAAGAUCUCUCCUCGUCGUUCCUCUUCCACCGACGUAAACGGAGAUGCCGAGCAGCCGGACGACGCCACGGUCGAAGUCAACGGCAACCGAUCUGUCUCCUCCUCCAUCAUCAACGACAAGUACAAGGUCGGCAAAGUGAUCGGAGACGGAAACUUCGCCGUGGUGAAGGAAUGUGUGGAGAGGUCGACGGGGCAGGAGUUCGCGCUGAAGGUCAUCGACAAAGCUCGCUGCUCUGGGAAGGAGCACCUGAUAGAGAACGAGGUGGCGGUGCUGCGGCGGGUUCGACACCCGAGCAUCAUCGAGUUAAUCGAGGUGGACGAGACGCCGUCUCAGCUGUUCCUGGUCAUGGAGCUCGUCAAGGGCGGCGACCUGUUCGACGCCAUCACCUCGUCCACCAAGUACAGCGAGCGCGACGCCAGCGCCAUGGUGUUCAACCUGGCCGGAGCCAUCAAGUACCUGCACCGCAUGAACAUCGUGCACCGCGACAUCAAGCCGGAGAACCUGCUGGUGUGCGAGUAUCCCGACGGCACCAAGUCGCUGAAGCUCGGCGAUUUCGGCUUGGCGACGGUGGUGGACGGGCCGCUGUACACCGUGUGCGGCACGCCCACGUACGUGGCCCCGGAGAUCAUCGCGGAGACCGGUUAUGGUUUGAAGGUCGACAUCUGGGCGGCAGGUGUGAUAACCUACAUCCUUCUGUGUGGAUUCCCUCCAUUUCGAAGUGAGAACAACGUGCAGGAGGAGCUGUUUGAUCAGAUUCUCAGAGGGAAGCUGGAGUUUCCUUCUCCCGACUGGGACACCGUCAGCCUCCCUGCCAAGAUGCUGAUCAGUCAGAUGCUGCAGGUGAAUGUGGACGCUCGCUUCAUUGCCGAGGAGGUUCUGUCACACCCCUGGGUGACGGAUGAAGCUCCACUAGACUCCAACACUGUGAGCAGCACCGAAGACCAGACCGGUGGCGACGCACCGGAACCAGAGCACGAAUCACCAAUUCUGGAAACCAAACAAGUUCCCUCACCUCUGGUCUAAAACCACCCCCCCCCCCUCCUCCUCCUCUCAUCAUCUGGAAAGGGAACAGAACAAUCCUUGUUUCAUCUAGAGACUCAGAAAGUCGUCCCCACUCCUGUGCUUUGCUCUAGAAGUCCUUGAAAGUUCAUCCGCCUUUAUCUCAAAGAAAACUAAAAGACUUCCCUCACUGUCUGUCCAGAACACUUCCUCUUUCAUCUUGUGGAAACCAAAUGACUUUUCCAGACUACCACCCUCCAGUCUGGGGUAAGACGUGUUUUCACCUACUGGAAACCAAAUGGGUUCAGAAAUCUGAUCUACAACUGCUGGAAGUUUCCCAAACCUCUGGUCUAAAACCCCUUUCCGGGUUCACCUACUGAAAAGCCUGUUGCUUCUUCUGGAGGCCAAAUUUUUGAUCUCAAAACAUGAUCUAUUUAAAUUUGGUAUGGAAUACAUCCCCUUUGAUCAACUGGAAACCAGACCACCAGGUGGUUUAGGAUCUAGGAUUAGGAUCCCUCUUACCUGGUCUAGAACCUGUUUUUCCCAUUAAUAAAACCCCUCCUCUCCUCAGUCUAGAACACAACCCGUUUCAUCCUCUAGAAACCUAACAAGUUCCGGAAUAUUUGGUGGAGAAUAGAUCCUUUUUCAUCUUCUGGAAACCAGAAGGCUUGGCUCUGACCAUGGUCAAGAACUACUUUCCUUGCUUCCAGUCUAGAAUCGUUCCGUUGCUUCUACCCAACAUCAAAUGCCCCCCCCGCCCCCCCACCUUUGGUCUUAAAAGAUCUGUUUACUCCACUGAAAACAGAUCAAGUUCUCUAAUACCAUUUCAAAUUUAUCGUCUAGAAAUGGUCCUAAACUCUGAUCUAGAACAGCUUUUAAUCUAAUGAAGACUUUCAAGUCCCGUCUCUGGUGCUGUACUGGAAAGUAUUUACGUGAGUAUUUACAGUGAGCUCCAUUAAAACCUCAACCAAAUGUCCAUUUUGCUCUGUAAGAGGAGUCCCAUGUUGUUCUGACCUCAUGAAGUCGCCUCACCGCUGCUCGAAGGGACAUGAACCGAAUCAACACUGGAAAACCUCGAAGAUGCCGUUGGACUGUUUCACCACCCAGUGUCUCACUCGACUGGACUGUUUCUUCAUAAGAAGUCUGGUACCGCCGGUCUGAAUGACGGUUAACUCGGAGGCUCUGAAAGAAAAAGGCCUCAACCCAUUUUCAUAGAGGUUUACACGACCGAUUACUUUACAGAACAGUUUCUCAGUAGUACCUGCCGCUCCGAUGCGACCAGGUUGUCUUCCACUUAUUCUGGGAAACGUCCCAUUUCUCCUGCCUUUGCCCUCCAGCUCUCCUGCUGCGGGCCCGUAGGACGUUUCUCAGUUCUACUCUACUUGGCGCCCACCAGUCCAAGGACAUAUUCGAGUACUGUGCCUGUUUACGCUGCUGAAGAAUUUCCUCCCAGUUUCCUAAAUAUCUGCCCUUUCUUCAACAAGUCCUCAGAAGCUCGCACUUGUUGUCUAUUGUACUGACACAUAAGGCACCUUGUUUUCACUAAAACAUACCUUUAGUUUGGGGUUUACACUUUGGUCAAAACAUAGUUGGAUAAGAAAAAUCCAGGUGGUUAUUAGCCUAUAGUUAGCGGAAAGACAGAAAACAUAACAUCUAGCUUAGCACCGUUCAGGGUAAAACUAACCUACCUAUCUACUACCUAACACAUUCUUUUUGUUCAUUUAGACACAAAGUAAAUAUAAAAAUGAAAAACGAUGCUCUCGUUCCUGAAAAUCUGACAGAAUGUUAAAAAAAUUUUAAACCGCCAACAAGACAGAGGUGUUAGCAGGCACAUUUAAGCUAGGUGUAUUCAUGCUAAGCUAGGCUAAUCGCCUCCUGGCUCAGAUGUUCUCAGUUAUCUUGUAGUAAGACGGUGAAAACAUCUAUUUAUUCCAACUUAAAUUCAAAUAUGUUCUCACACAACACAUUUUGAGAAUGAUCUUGAAAUUUCAAGAUUAAAGUCGUACUUUUAAGAAUAUUUGUUCUAUUCUGGACAUUUUCGACUUCAUUCCUAAAAAUGCGGAAACAUUUCUGGCCCGAAUACUUUUCCGUAGUUUGUCUGAAACGAGGAAAUUCUAAUCGUUACAGUUUAUACAAGUUUAUCUCCUGAAAAUAUCUGAAUCUCAAGUCGACAGAUUCAGUUUGGCAGAAACAAAAACUCAAAACAAUGAGCCUUCUCUUCAAAAUACCCAACCCUCGGCCUCCACCUGUUCCCUGGGCUUCGUACUGUAUCUCAAAUUAACCAGAUGACUUACAAACCUCACAAAACUAUUUUCCUUCGAGGACACGUUCCAGUCCAAACUACGACCUCCCACCUGCAGCUGAUGGAGGAACAGAAUCUGUUGUACAUAAUGUAAAUAUCACCGUCUGUUGGUGUCCGUCUGUCUGUGUGAGUCGGUUGUGAAGUAGGGAAAUUGUAGCAGUUUGAAAAUGAAAAAAAAUAAACCUAUUAAAGGAAAUAAGCUCAUUUUAGACACGUGCCGACAUCCCGAAAAAACCUUGAUUUACCCAAAAGAUCUGCUGAAUCUUGAAUCAAAGAAAAAGAUUUUCCACAUUGAUAGAGACAUUUUCAUAUUGUAUUUUCAAUAGUUAGUUAUCGAUUCAAAAAAAUAAAAAUAAAAAAGGAUUCAAGGUUUCUUAAGGGUGUCGACAAACUGUAACGAAAGAGUUGGUACCUUUAGGGUGGAGUGUGAGAAUGGAUCUCUUUCUUUACACGGUCACGUGUCCGAGGUGCAACUUAGUGGGUUCGUCCACCAAUCAUAUCGCUCCAUCCUCACAUCAGAGUCUGCGGAUGAAUGAAAGGUUGAGCGCGUGUGUAAAUAAGUGACUGUGCGCAAUUUCAUUUCCCCGUUUCAAUGUUUCAAUUUAUAAGUCAAUUUAUGUGUGUUAGUCUGUAUAAGUUAAGGGGAAGGGGGUCCGUCGUCAUCUGGUGACGUGCGUUGACCAGAUGCAAGUGUUGUGACCUUAACGCGACCUUCCCACGGCCUUGACCUUUGGCCGGAGCCACUGGUUAUAGGGAGUUUUUGCCGCGACGUGCUGCUCGUUGACGUGACAGGCGGAUGGAUUCUGUCACUUUAAAAAACCUCAAAAACUAACAAACACAAUCACCACAGAUGUGGUGUCGGUCAAAUUUACGUAAUUACGUCGCAUCACUGAACUCGAGUCCGACGACUUGUAAAGCUGUGACUGGUUGGCGCUAAUAUCUUCGUCUGAUAUAUCGGCGACCGUUUCGAUUUUGUUUAUAUUGCGGUGCAUGAAUUCCAAAAUCAGUUUGAGGGUCAAUUAUAAAGCGCCAUAAUUUACACAAUCUGUCCACCAGUGAACAAAAAGAACACAAAGACCAAUUUCAGUAUUAGCUCGGAAACUCCCGAGCUGCAGUGUGGAGCACGAACGUUUCCAUCUUCUGUGACGUGACUUACUCGUGACGAUCAGUUCCUUGAGUCACCGUGGAGCCUCGUGAUGAACCCCAGUCAGACUCCCCUCAUCAGUGGCUCGGCCUUCCACCUUCUAUGGCUGCUACGAGCCCGGUGGUCUUAAUUCUUUUUCUCUCCAAACGGAGCCUUGUGUCCAUGGUGAUGUUUGUGCCGCACCCGAGUCCACCACAAGCGACGAGACGCCGUCGACACUCGGACGAGUCUCUGACAUAAAGAAAAAGUGUAGAAGUGUUGUUCAAAUUCACACCCGCUACGUACGAGACUCGUGGAAACGGCCCAUGACCAGAUGGCCCCCUACGGACCAUCGUCAAACUUUUACCGAAUUUUUAAGGUGCGUUAAGGAACGGAACAAAUUUGGUAAACACGUGAACCGUCUGUGGUUCCCUCGAACGCAGCUUAAAUUCACCAGUGAGUGAAAUGAGAAUUUGAGAGACGACGACGUCGUAAGACGAGAGUGGAUUUGACUCGGGGUGGCUGCGGAUGUUUGGCCCUUUGUGUGUUUUUGAUAUCAAAUUGCAGUGUGUGUGUGUGUGUGUGUGUGUUCAUUUCACAUCAUGCCUCAUUUAAGAAACAGGUUUUUUAAAUUAAGUGCAGUAGGAGAAUUAGGAUUUUGAACGUAUCCAGGCUUGUUUUCCUAAAAGAAGAAAAAGAAAGAAGUGAUUUUCAUGGCAGGUUUUAAGACAAACUUCUCAGAAUAUUACAUUUUAAAGACAAUCCACGUUCUGUAUUGACUCAACCUGCUAGAUAAAACUCUUAUGAAGAAGUUUUCUGGCUCAAACCUCCUCCGAGUGAUUCCCUGGAAAAACAAAACGAAAUCAAAAGGUUUUUAUUAAAUCUGAGAGACACUUUAAGGAAAACUAGUCCCGGACUCCGAGUGGAAGGAGACGUGAGAGCAACAGUGUUGUGAUGGAUCUGUAAUGUGACGUGUGAUGAUAUGAAACAUGUAUGUUUGUUGGGAUCGGGAGGGAGAAGAAAAAAAACACAAUCCCCUGAUUUGUAUCAAGAAAAAUGUCCGUUCCGACUGUGAAAAUAAAAGUGACGCGGCGGCGUCGUGUUGACACGGA